CUCUAACCGACUGCAACUCUCCCCCAAACACACAUUCUGAACGGAGCCUGAGGGUUUAACCGCUGAAUCAGUCACGUGGUGCAGCCAGGAAGUCAUAGUGUUCAGCCCCGCCCCUGAGUGAAGCAAUCCUGCAUACCUCAGAGUUUCUGUUCAGGGGAAGUGAAACUGUCUGACAGUUGCUACGAAGAGGACGAUGGCGCAGCAGGAAAACCAGCUCGACCCAGUUAAAUUCUCUUGUUCCAUCUGUUUGGAUCUUUUAAAGGAUCCGGUGACUAUUCCCUGUGGACACAGUUACUGUCUGAAGUGUAUUAAGGACUUCUGGGAUGAAGGAGAGAAGAAACUCCCCAGCUGUCCUCAGUGUCGACGCACGUUUAUUCCGAGGCCUGAGCUGCUGAAAAACACCAUGUUAGCUGAUUUAAUGGAGGAACUGAAGAAGACUGGACUCCAAGCUGCUCCUGCUGAUCACUGCUACGCUGGACCUGAAGACGUGGCCUGUGAUGUCUGCUCUGGGAGAAAACUGAAAGCUGUCAAGUCCUGUUUGGUCUGUCUGGCCUCUUACUGCCAGAAACACCUCCAACCUCACCGUGAUGCAGCUCCACUAAAGAAACACCAGCUGGUGGAUCCCUCCAAGAACCUGCAGGACAACAUCUGCCCCCGUCACGGUGAGGUGAUGAAGAUGUUCUGUCGUACUGAUCAGAAGUGUAUCUGUUAUCUCUGCUCUGUGGAUGAACAUAAAGGCCACGACACAGUCUCAGUUGUAGCAGAAAGGACUGAGAGGCAGAGAGAGAUGGAGCUGAGUCGAGAACAAAUCCAGCAGCAGAUCCAGGACAGAGAGAAAGAUGUGAAGCUGCUUCAGCAGGAGGUGGAGGCCAUCGAUCAGUCUGCUGAUAAAACAGUGGAGGACAGUGAGGAGAUGUUCACUGAGCUGAUCUCUCUCCUCCAGAAGAGAAGCUCUGAGGUGAAGCAGCAGAUCAGAUCCCAGCAGGAAACUGAAGUGAGGAGAGUCAGAGAGCUGGAGGAGAAGCUGCAGCAGGAGAUCAGUGACCUGAAGAGGAGAGACGCUGAGAUGAAGCAGCUCAGAGACACCGAGGACCACAACCAGUUCCUCCACAACUGGCCCACCCCGCCACCACUCAGUCAGUCCACACACUCCUCCGGCAUCAACAUCCGUCCUCUCAGGUACUUUCAGGACGUGGCAGCAGCCGUGUCAGAGGUCAGAGGUCGACUACGGGACAUCCUGAGAGACACGUGGACAAACGUCUCACUGGCCGUCGCUGACGUGGAUGUUUUACUGUCAGAACCAGAACCAGAACCAGGACCAGAACCAGGACCAGAACCAGAACCAGAACCAGAACCAGAACCAGAACCAGAACCAGAACCAACGAGCAGAGCUGGAUUCUUGAAAUAUUCAUGUGAAAUCACUCUGGAUCCAAACACAGUAAACACAUCUCUGUUACUGUCAGAGCAGAACAGAAAGGUGACUCGGAUGGACCAACGUCAGUCUUAUUCUGAUCAUCCAGACAGAUUCAGUGAUUGUCUUCAGGUUCUGAGUAGAGAGAGUCUGACUGGACGUCAUUACUGGGAGGUGGAGACAGCAGGUGGAGUUUAUGUAGCAGUUUCAUACAAGAAUAUCAGCAGAUCAGGGUGGGAAAGUGCAUUUGGAUGGAAUGAUAAAUCUUGGUCACUAUGGUGUUACUCAGGCAGUUAUGUGUUCUGGUACAACAGCAUCCAAACCUCCGUCUCAGGUCCUGCUUCCUCCAGAAUAGGAGUUUACGUGGAUCACGGAGCAGGAGUUCUGUCCUUCUACAGCGUCUCUGGAACCACGACCCUCCUCGUCCACAGAGUCCAGACCUCCUUCACUCGGCCGCUGCACGCUGGAGUCGGGAUUUACUCUCUUACAGGAUCAGCUGAGUUCUGUAAACUCAAAUAAGAUCAACGAGUUUCCUCUUCAGGUUUUUAUUGAUUUACUUUUCUUCUUUUCUUCUUUCUCUGACGGAUGGAGGGACGUUUUUGUUCUAUAAGUUGAUGUUUUCUUGUUAUUUCCUCUUUUGGAGGUGGAAGUUUUUCUUUUGUAGUUUCACCUGGGAAUUAUUAAUAAUAUUAAUAUAAAAACAUAGAAAUAAGCCUGUGUUGUAAUUGUUAACUGUUAGUUUUUAGAUUUGAUUUGUGUUUUUUAUGUUGUAUUUCUCUUUUCUUCCACUUCUUUAAUAUUAUUUGUUCUUUUAUAUUGGACCAAUCACCACCUCAAAUUCCUUGUGUGUCUUAAACUACUUGGAAAUAAACGUCUUUCUGAUUGUGAUAGCGAUAGCGAUUGCGAUUGCGAUUGCGAUAGCGAUAGCGAUAGCGAUAGCGAUAGCGAUAGCGAUAGCGAUUGCGAUAGCGAUAGCGAUAGCGAUAGCGAUUGCAAUAGCGAUAGCGAUAGUGAUUGCGAUAGUGAUUGCGAUUGUGAUGGUGAUUGUGAUGGUGAUUGUGAUUGUGAUAGUGAUAGUGAUUGUGAUUGUGAUUGUGAUAGUGAUAGUGAUAGUGAUAGUGAUUGUGAUUCUGAUUGUGAUGGUGAUUGUGAUUGUGAUUGUGAUUAGUGAUUGUGAUAUCGAUAGUGAUUGCGAUAGUGAUUGCGAUUGUGAUUGCGAUUGUGAUGGUGAUUGUGAUGGUGAUUGUGAUUGUGAUAGUGAUAGUGAUUGUGAUUGUGAUUGUGAUAGUGAUAGUGAUAGUGAUAGUGAUUGUGAUUCUGAUUGUGAUGGUGAUUGUGAUUGUGAUUGUGAUUAGUGAUUGUGAUAUCGAUAGUGAUAGUGAUUGUGAUUCUGAUUGUGAUUGUGAUUGUGAUUGUGAUGAACUCCACCAGACCUUCUUCAUCUCUGAUAUCACGUCUGCAUUCAGACUCGUUUCCUCCUUCAUUAGCAUUAACCAAAGGUUCUCGUUUUCUAAAGAUAAACAUAUUUUCCAGCCAUGAGAACAAAGUACCGUAUUUUCUGGACUAUAAGCCGCUACUUUUUUCAUAGGUUUUGAACCAUGCGGCUUAUACAAAGGUGCAGCUAUUCUGUGGAUUUUUCUUCCACCGCUAGAGGGAGUGCUCACCGGAAUUAGAAUCAAAACUAAGACAAAAUAAAUGCAAAAAACAAUACGCUACUUCUUCUUUAGCAGAUAGAAGUAGAAGCAGAUUUCAAACAGAUAAAUAGAUAAAUAAAUAGCGGUUAUUUUCUCUUGGUUCUGUCCCGUUUUAAUUAGCAAAGUUGCUGCCGUGUUAAAAGACACUGUUAGAGAAGGAUCUAUUUAGGUACAAACAUGUACAUCAUUUACAGUUCAAAAUCGUUCUGUACAUGUAGUAAAUAUCUAAUCUAACAACAUAAAUAUCUGCGGCUUGCAUAUCUUUUUUUUCAAAUAGAGUGGAUGCUGCUUAUAUACAGGUGCGGCUUAUAGUCCAGAAAAUACGGUAAAUGAUUCCAGAGAUGUUAGUGACAGCAGCAACGCAGCAAACGGUUCAGUGAAGCCUCUAGUUGGUGUGAGAGUGUCGGGGCCGGUAGUCGUCGCUGCAGCUGCAAGACCAGACUAGAUCUGCACAUCACAUGUUGCUGAUGUCCAAAUCUGUUGACCAUGUUUCAUGUUUAACAAUCUGAAUAUUUAGUAAGAAAUAAAAC